AUCGCCAAACACGGGUUCGGAGCCAGCUCUUCAGUUUGGUUGGCAGAGAGUCUCAAGUCACAGCUGUCGUUGCGAUAUGUCUGCAUCAAAAUCAUAGCACUAAACAUCGAUCCGAAUCGCGAGAUUCAAGCUAUGAGGCGAAUCAACGAUGCCGACUCGUCACACGAGGGUUUGCCAUUUAUACGGAAACAUAUUGAUGAGUUUCAGCUGCAUGGACCAAAGGAAGUGCAUCUCUGUUUCGUUUCUUCGCCCAUGAGAGAGACCCUCUUCCGGCUUCAGAAACGUUUAUCACGCCGUAGGCUGCCACUGCUCAUAUUCAAGCUCUUCACCUUCUGUCUCCUUCUGGCUAUCAAUUUCUUGCAUACGGAGUGCAGGCUCAUCCACACAGGCAAGCCUUUCAACUCUCUAUACAAUCACCGCUAA